UAGGUGUUGAAUGAAUAAAAGGUAUCCAGUUUUAUGUUUCUAUUCUUAGAAAAAUUUUUCCACAUCUACUUUUUAAACUAUUUCUCUUUUUCUUUGCAAAACAAAAUUAAGUUGCUGUUACAGGCAGUUUGGUGCACUAAAAGGGGAACUAAGCAGAGUCAAAGCCCUGGAUUCUAGUUUCGGUUUCAAACCGUUUAUUUGCUGGGUAAUCUUGGGCAAAUUGUGACCCUGCUCAGCCUGUUUCCUUACUAGUGAAACGGAAAUCACAGUAACAGCUCUUCGGAGCACUGGGCUAGGUAAAGAUCAAAGCAGAGAAUGUACACGAGCAUAUGGUAGUUUUUGUGGGCUUUUUUUCCCCUGCUGAAGAAUGGUUCCUGACCCCUAUUCUAAAUACAGAAGUUACUAUUUUUAAAUGCUUAUUUUUAGUAACUGCCAUUGCCAUUUUUCUCUAAGCAUAGGGUUUCCUGUAAAGCAUUUUUGAGGUGUGCAGGCUAGUAAGUGAUGAAUUCUUUUAAAGCCAGACACCGUCUUGGGGGAGAAUCAUAACCCUCCAAAUCUGAUGGCUUUCUUGGACGCCUUGGAGACAAACGUGGAGUGUCCUAAUGGAGAACUGAACAGUGGCUUGACCUAUGAAAUAAGAUCAAGCACAGAGUCUAAUCUGAUGACAGCUCAUUCCACCUCCAGCUCCAGUAGACUCCGAAGGGGGUCAUAUCCAGGGAAGUGAACAGUUGUCUCUAGCAACAUGUCUUUUAUUGACUGUCUCUAUCCUGAUAAUUUGUGGCUUGCUUUCAGUGGUCUUCCGUAGCUGUAACAUGUUCAGGAUACAAAGAAAUAAUUUUUGACUCAGGACAGACGUAUUAAGCAAGAUAGCUGCUUUAAUUGGAAGGCAGAAAAGGAACACUAAAAUGGAAAUUGGAGAAUUAAAAAAAAAAAAAGAGAACUGGGGAGGGAUUAGAAACCUGGGGAAGGGAAACAUCUGCUUACAGGGAUCAUAAGAGUGAGUCUGAGCGUUGCUGUGUAGCAUUUUGUGGGUGAGUCAAACGAAGUGUUCAAGAAGCGGAGAGGGGAAGGAAAUGACCAGGAGUUAACUUAAAAGCCAGUGAAGGUAAUUUUGAAUAAAUGUUCAAAAUAUAGCAUAGAAUUUCAGCCACCGACUUUCAGGGAUGCUUUAUUAGCAUUUUAAGCUCUCAAACUAUAGAAAUAUUUGGUUUACCAUUUUAGAGUAUAUGAAAAUGGAGCAAAGCAAUAUUCUUGACACCUGACCUUGGUGUACAGCCAUUGAGGAUUAUAGGAGGAGAAGUGUGUGAGUGGCGAAUUUUUCAUGUGGAAUCAGCCUGUCUCGUGCUUUAUACUUGACAGCAUCUGCCCUGUAGCUGUGCCCUUGCCCACGUCUGCUGCUCUUUGUCUUCUGGCGCAUGUCAAAUUUGAAAAUCUGCUUAAUUUCUAACUUGCGUUUGUUAAUCUCUAAUUCUAUGACUUCUUUUAACUCACCGCUCCUCCCCAGAUUACUUGGCGGGAUAGCUACAUUUUACCUGAAGUGUGUAUGUGCACACAUGGACACAACUGUGUGGAUAAUGGAACGGGUAAUUUCCACGUGCUUUUUAGGAGGAUGGCUUAAUUGAGUUUUUGUUUCUUGUUUGCAGUAUUAUGAAUUGCUUUUAUAAACUGCUGAAUGAUAAAGGAUAGAGUGAGCUCUCCAAAUAAUAACCUCAUUCAUUGUGUCUGUGUGUUGUUUUUGUCUGUGAUUCUGACAGGUUUCAUAGGAGCAGACUUUCUGAAUAGUCAUUUUUAAAAUUAAGUGAAAACUCAUUAGCGGCAAAUUACACACAAUGAUCUUAAGCCCCAGGAGGCUUACUCUGUGUACAUAUUGAUAGUCAUUUGUUCUCAGUUUACUGUAAAUAUAGCCAGUUCAGUUCAUUCUUUAAAAAAAAAAAAAAAAUUGCAUUUGUUGUAAAAUUAGUAAAGUGCCUUGAAUUUUAACAGUUUGAUAUUUCAAAACACAUGAUAAUUUUGGGAUAUCUGGCAACUAAUGAGAUAGUAGGUUUCUGAUGGGCUUUACCCGCUAUUUUAUCCCUUUGUCCCUUUUCUUCCUUCGUAGACCUGAAAAGAAUUAAGAAGAAAGAGCUUCCACAAUCAAGCAGAUGAAGACCUACUGGUAAAGUGAUUGAAAUUUUUGCCCGCCCUCCAAGGAAAAGGAGCGGAAAGAAUGUCGGAGCGGGCCGUGGAUGACGUCAGGGGGGAGCUGCGCCGGGCGGCGGGCGGAGCGGGCGCCCGGCAGCCGCAGCCGCAGCCUCCGCAGAGGCCGCCGCCACGGCGCCCGCGGCCGGAGGACAGCGCCGCCUCCAGCUCGGCCGCUGCCGCCAUGGCGACCGUCGGGGAGCGCAGGCCCCUGCCCAGUCCUGAAGCCCUGCUGGGACAGUCGUGGAAUCUGUGGGUUGAGGCUUCCAAACUUCCUGGGACGGACGGGACGGAACUGGACGAAAGUUUCAAGGAGUUUGGGAAAAACCGUGAAGUCAUGGGUCUCUGUCGGGAAGACAUGCCAAUAUUUGGUCUCUGUCCAGCCCAUGAUGAUUUCUACUUGGUGGUGUGUAACGACUGUAAUCAGGUUGUCAAACCGCAGGCAUUUCAAUCACAUUAUGAAAGAAGACACAGCUCACCCAGCAAGCCGCCUUUGGCCGUCCCUCCCACCUCAGUGUAUUCCUUCUUCCCUUCUCUGUCCAAAAGCAAAGGAGGCGGGGCAGGCGGGAGCAGCCGGUCUUCCACUGGAGGCGCCCUGAGCGCGUGUUCGUCAAGCUCCAAGUUGUUGAAAUCACCCAAAGAGAAACCGCAGUUCAGGGGGAACACUGGGCCAACGCAUCUCACUCAGCAAAGUAGGGGCCCCAAUAGUAGAAUCAUGACAGCCUCUGUUAAAGUGGAGAAGAUUCACCCAAAGGUGGCUGGCCCACUACUGAAAUCUGUCACCGGGCCAGCCUGUCCUGCACCUGUGAGUUCCUCAGUCAAGCCUGGCCUUAACUGCUCCUCUGUACCAAAGCCAACCUUGCCUUCACCUGGACAGAUUCUCAACGGCAAAGGGCUGCCUGCUCCGCCCGCCCCAGAAAAGAAAUCUGAAGACAGUUGCGGUAGUCGGAAAUUUUUAAAUAAGAGAUUAUCAGAAAGAGAGUUUGAUCCUGAUAUACACUGUGGGGUCAUUGACCUUGACACCAAGAAGCCCUGCACCCGGUCUUUGACAUGCAAGACGCAUUCCUUAACCCAGCGGAGGGCUGUCCAGGGCAGAAGAAAACGAUUUGAUGUGUUGUUAGCCGAGCACAAAAACAAAACCAGGGAAAAGGAAUCAAUUCGCCAUCCGGACUCUCAGCAGCCAACGCAGCCUCUCAGGGACUUGCAUCCUGCCCCUCUCAGAACUUCCCAGGAGCCACACCAAAACUCUCACGGAGUGAUUGCUCCCGAAUCAAAGCCUUUCGUAGCUAGUAAACCUAAACUCCACAGCCCCGGUCUUCCAAGGCCUCCAGGUUGCCCUGCUCAGCAAGGUGGGAGUGCCCCCUUUGGCCCCCCUCCAGCCCAUGAGUCUCCACAUCCACCCCUGCCUGCCACUGAGCCAGCUUCUCGAUUGUCCAGUGAGGAGGGUGAAGGUGAUGACAGAGAAGAGUCUGUUGAGAAACUGGACUGUCAUUAUUCAGGUCGUCACCCUCAGCCAGCAUCUUUUUGCACGUUUGGGAGCCGGCAGAUCGGGAGAGGCUACUACGUGUUCGACUCCAGGUGGAACCGGCUACGCUGCGCCCUCAGCUUCCUAGUGGAGAAGCAUCUGAACGCCCAGCUAUGGAGGAAAAUCCCACCAGUGCCCAGUACCACGUCACCUGUCUCCACACGCGCACCUCACCGGGCCAACGCUGUGCCGACACCCCAGUACGGGGCCAGCUCCCUUGCAGCAUCUGUCUGUCCAUCCCCAGUCCUGCCCUCACCCGCCUGUGUCUCCCCCACUGGCAAAUCGGUCCCAGCUCACGGAACCACACUAAACGCCCAGCCGGCAGCUUCGGGAGCAGUGGAUCCUGUGUGCAGCGCACAGUCCAGACAUGUGUGCCCUUCAUCGUCAUCCCCCUCCACGCCCUCCGGCCUCUCCUCGGUCCCCUCCUCACCCAUGUCCAGGAAACCUCAGAAGCUGAAAGCCAGCAAGUCUGUACGGCCCAGGGAGUCUCCUGGUAACAGCACCAACUGUCACGGCACCGGUAGCAGUAACAGUGGGGGCUCAGGAAAGAAACGCAAAAGCGGUUCCCCGCUAUUAGCUCCCCCGUUCUCCUCCUGUUCCUCUUCUUCUCAUUCCAUGGAGUCUUUUAGGAAAAACUGCGUGGCUCAUGCUGGGCCUCCCCUUCCCUCCGUGGUGACAUCUUCCCACAGCAUGGGCCUCAGCUGUGUGAUGAGCAGAGCUAACUCGGUGAGCAUCCGGCACGAGCCUUCAGGGAGGGGCCCCCCCAGUGGGAGCCCGGCAGAGUCCAUCAAGAGGAUGAGCGUGGUGGUCAACAGCAGCGACUCCACUCUCUCUCUGGGCCCGUUCGUCCACCAGUCCAGUGAGCUGGCGGCCAGCGCUCACAGCCGCUCCUCACACUCACACACUCCUCUAGACCAGCUCACAGGGAAGAAAAGAAAGUGCCCGUCUGGCUCAAGCAGUGUCAGCACCAAUAGCAGCAAACCCACAAAGGUCUCCAAGCUGCCGGCCGUGAACAACAUCCACAUGAAACACGCAGGCGUCCUCCCAGGGGCACAAGGACUGACCAACAGUUCCCUCCUUCAUCAGGUAACCUGGCCCUGGAUAGCAAGAGCUAGCCCAGUUCAAGGCAGCGGGAGUUGGCAGUUUUGAAUCUUGGCAUGUGGGAAUUCACCAGGCAGAAAGGCAGCAGGGUAAGGUCACUGUAGGCAGAGGAAAGAAACUGGGCAAGUGAGGCAUGAGAAGGAGGAAAGCAGAAUCAUUCUGCAUGGAGCUUGCUGGAGGGAGGUUCCCGUAGGGCUAGGGAAGUUGGAGCCAGAUUGCCAAGGACUUUGGAUGGUGUCAUGGGGCUUUCGCUCUCAGGAACGCCUGGGGCCAGGUUCAGUUUAACCCAAAUGGAACAGUCAGAGCCCAGAGGUUAUCUCCUGGUCCAGUGCCAGCCUGGUGAAGCUGCCCACAAGUCACGCAGAUCUUGACUGGAGUCUGGAAAAACUAAGGACCACUAAAAUGUAUUUCCCUGUUUCCUGCAUUUUCCCUCUUUUGCCUUCAAUAUGUCUUUACUCCUUUCCCUGAAGUCCUAAUCAGAAAACUUUCCCCCACGUCAAGCCCGAGGUCCUCCCCUUUCUUCCCACUGUCUCCUCUUUCUAGGAAGAACUCUUGCCUCUGUUGGUAUUGGAAGCCAAUUAAACUAGUCUUUCACCUGGUGAGGCUGCAGUUCUUUGCGCCUGUUACCCUAAUAUUCCACAACCAAAGCUGGCAUGAUCCGAAUAUCCUUUAGAAGGCAGAGAAGGGUGAGAGGAUCAGCCAGAGAAAACGUUUUCCGGAGAAAGGGGAAAAUCAGACACUUAUAAUUUAAUACGUUUUUUUGACAGAAUGGACAGGGGAGAACCUUGGGACAAAAGUAAGUUACAAAGCUGUUGUGAUAAUCCAGGUAAGAGGUAUUAAGUUUCCAGGUAAAGCAGUGACCAGCUCCUAGAGAGGCACAUUAUGUGGCACAUUAAGGGGAAGAGUGAGUCUGAGACAACUUGGAGAUCUCUAGCUUUGCCAACUGAUGGUUGGGCUUAAAUGAAAGAGAUGUCGUGACAAAGAAAGAAAAUGUCACAAGGAUGGAUUUGAGCUGAGUAUCCAGGUGGAGGUACAGUCUGGAUGGAGCCUAGGAGGAAGGUUUGGGCUGAAAAAAGGCGCUGGCUUUCACUUUAGACAGUAAGUGAGGCUCUGGGAGUGGAUGGGUUCACCUGGAAGAAAACAGGCAACUAGUAGAUUUUAAUUAUUUGGCUUAUUAAAAAUAAUACCUACCUAAUUAAGUGCCUAAUAUGCCAGAUAUUGUGCCAAGCACUUACACUCUCUCACAAAGGCCCUACAGGAUAGAUAUUUUGAUUCCUGUCUUACUGAUGAGGAGCUCCUAGGAAGUGUCCUGCCUGAGGCCCUGUACUUGGUACUGCAGAGCCAGGCUUAAGUUCAGGUCUAUCAACUAAGUGGGUCUUAACCUUUUUUUUUUCUGUCACAGACUCCUUCGAGAAUCACAGGAAAGAAAUUGUGGAUCCUCUCAGAGGCACAGGCACAUAUUUUAUGUUCGAGGAUUUCGCUAAACCUGAAGCCUACCCUCCAUAGCCCAAAGAGAGAAUGUUCACCAAAGACAAAACCCCAGAGAAGAGUAUUUUGGUGAAGACAGAUGGAGAACUGGCACUAAAGAGGUAAGGGGCAGAGGCAUGAAGGAUGAGGUUGAGAUGUGAAACUCAGAGUAAGCUUCAUUGUAAUCAUCAGCCCACUUAAGUAAUGUUUGGUGUUUUCUCCUGCUCUUUUCUCCAGGAUCACUGGAGCAGUGGCUAUUGGUUGGCAGGAAAGUUAGAAGAAGUUGAGCAGAGAGAUUGCCAAGGAAUUAAAAGUACUAGUGAAGGUGUGGUUAAGUGAUUAACGAUGGUCUAGAUUGGGUAGCCAGGAAGGAGAACUAGAAGCUACCAUGUGGAGGCUAUGCAGGCACUCUGAAAGCAUUGUUUUGUUUGGAAUUACCCUGUGCUUAAGUCUUCCCCUUCCAGAUACUUAUCUAGAAUUAGACAAGUGGACUGUUCAAGGUCACAGAGCAAAGUCAGGGUAGUUCAGAGUGAAGAGGAGCUAACACACAAGGCAGGGCCCAGGGCAGGGCUAUUACGUUGGCACAGCAUUUACAAGUUGGGCAGGGAGUGGGGCAAUAGGAUUGUAGGGUCAGAGUGGAAUUCCAGGUUCAUUUCCAGAAGUGGAGCUGUUCAGCGGUGCUUAUUUAUCACUCCCGGGUCCCGGGUGAGACCAGCGGAGGGGAUGGACGUGGGGAGGAGGUAGAAAACACAGGGGUGGAGGAACCGUGAAGCUAGGCUGUUACUGUAGAGCUUGUCCACCUGAAAGUUGUUAGAGAUGCUGGUCGGGCCCUCGGUGACUGGACGGAGUAGGGGUAACCUGACCUGUCGUUGAGGGCGGUGAGGAUGGUGAGUUGGUAUUACCGGGUGGGAGGGAAUAAGGGAGUGGAGAAUGUGGACUUCUUGGCUCCACAUUCCUGAGGUGGAUAUGGACAGCCUCUAACCUAGAGGAUUUCCAGAAAAGCAGAGUCCUCAAAAACCAAGUGUAGAGCUGAUCAGCGUUGAUACUGCUUUAGUUGCCGAGAUCCUUAGGAAAACCUGGCCUCUAGUAACCUCCGAAAGGGAGGGUUGACAGUUGUCAGAGCGCCACCUACUGGAAGUCUGCGCAAGUCGUCCCUUCCCCAAGGGAACCUCAGGCUGGAGAGGUGACAGACAUACUGGCUGGAUUGAAGGCUGCUCAGCCACUUUCUGUACAGGGCAAACUGCCAUUCAAAGAUUUUUGAGUGAUGAAAAAAGAGGUUAAACCUUACCCUUGACACCAUGUACUUCCAAGGUUACAAUGGGCUGGACUGGACUGCUAGAGUCGCAAUAUUCUUUGUAGGUCUGCAAAAACAGGAGGUGAUGCCAGCCUGUGCCUCUGUGGCUUGCUUGGACACCAAGACUAAAGCUUUUUUUUUUCUGGGGAGGGUCCCACCUCACUCCCCAACUGCCACUGUGGAGGUACGAGGUUUGUUACUAACAGCAGACGUCUGUGUACAGUUAAAGACAAGCAAUUACCACAGCCCUCUGUUUCUUUUCAUAAUCAUGGGGGCAAACAGUAUUUCAAGUUCAGUUGUUCAUCCUCUUAAGAAAACAAUAGGUUAAAAACAAUACCAAGGAUUAAUUCAGAACAUGAAAUUAGCAACCAGUAACCAUCUACUGAUAAAAUUAAAGCUUGCUCAGGUUGUUGUUGGAGUCAGGUCAGCUCCAGCUCUCCGCCCAGUCCUUGCCACCUUCAUGACCCUCGGUACGUCUGAGUCCUUCUAACCUAGGGGUCAUCUUCCAGCACUUCAUCAGACAGUGUUCUCUUGUGAUCCACAGGAUUUUCACUGGCUGAUUUUUGGAAGUAGAUCGCCAGCCCUUUCUUCCUGGCUUUAGCCUGGAAGCACCACUGAAAUCUGCCCACCAUGGGUGACCCUGCUGGUGUUUGAAACACUGGUGGCACAGCUUCCAGCAGAGCGAUGCACACGCCACCACAGUAUAAGCUGACAGGUGGUGGCUGGUCAGGUUACUAAGGACUGAAUGUGUUCAGUUAUAGAGCCCUAAGUGUAUGGCCGUACACCUGCUCCGUGAUCACAUUUGGGUCAAGUUGGGUGCAAACACUCAGUAGCAUGUCUAUCCCUAAAAGCUACUACUAGUUACUAAGUUAUCUGGAGCUAUUCUAAUAUAGGAAAUACUUAACAUAAUUUGACACAGUUUUAAAACACUUAUUUCUCUUACUGGAUAGAUAAAAUUGAUAUAUAAUCAAAUUUUAUUGAGGUAGGAGAAAUAUGGCACUAUUGCUUUAAAAGAUAAUCACGAAGGGAAGCUGACCCCGGUGGUUCCGUUCACAAAGGAGAGUUGACCCUGAUGGUUCUGUUCAUAUUUGGAUAGUAUUACAGGCAAGACCAGAGUUGGUAAAAGAUGAAGUUUUCAACUUCAAAAGGAAACAUGCACCAACAUGAAAAAGGAACUAAAUACAGUUUAGUUCUUUGUCAUUUAUCAAACUACCAUUUAUAAUAAUCUAAUUCAUACUGUGAUAAUCUUAUUUUCAUAUGGCGAAGUGCCUUCAUGAUUAAAACUAGAAAACUGCCAAGACUUUCAGAAAACAAGCUAUAUACGUAAAUGGGAGCCAGCAAAGGUAAGAUGAAGGGUCAGGAAUUCUGGGAGAGCUGUUCCUAGCUGGUCCCCACGUGGACAGUGCUGAUGGGGUGGGGGGUGGGAUGUGCAGGAACAGCGAGCUCACGUGCCUGCAGGGCCGGGCAGGCCGGUGGCCGGGGCUCACUGGAGAACACACUCCACUUCGCCGGGUGGGAGUGUGAGCCCAGGGUUGCCUCACGUGCUCAUUUUUCCUGAGAAGGUCCCCAUGUGAUUUUUGAAGGGUGUGUUUUUGUUUGUUUGUUUGAAAGCGUAUCUGGGAGACUAAGUGCAGGCUGUGGGUAGUCACCUUGCUGCCUUGUACCACCAGGAAACCUCCGUGCUGCCUGCUGACUUGCUUUGCUUUUCUGAGCCUUCUGUAUCCCCACCUGUGAAAAGUAAGGGCAUGGACCUACAAUUUCUUUGAUGGGUUGGGCCUUUUCCUUUCAUCAGGUUUAUAAUACCCUGAAUUAACUGGUUGAAAAACAGAAAACCAAGGAUUGAAAUCAGCAUUCUGUGUAGUCAUGCCUGUAUAAUAAACAUGAGUUUAUUAAAAACACCAAUUUAAUGAUAGAAAAGUAAAAAAAUUCUUGUCCUGUAAAACUUGGCAUCCCACCAAAACCAAGCCCACUGCCAUCCAGUCGGUUGUGACUCACAGUGACCCUAUAGGACAGAGAACUGCCCAUAGGGUUCCCAAGGCUGUGAUCUUCAAAGAAGCAGACUGCCUCGUCUUUCUCCCACGGAGCGGCUGGUGGGUAGACCUUUCGGUUAGCAGCCAAGCACUCUGACCACUGCAUCACCAGGGCUUCAAACGUGGCAGAGAUGACCGAAGUCAUUUUAGCGUGACAGCAGCUACUAUUUCCCUCUCCUUCACGUAGUCAGAAAUCCGUGUUGUGGUAUACUGCUUUACAAACUGUAGUGCUUUCACAUAAAUAAGCCUGUUUUCUACCUCAUUUCACAGGUAGGCUCAGAAAGAUGAGGGGAUCUCUCUGAGUCAGAAGCUAGUGUGAGACCUGGGCCCACAAUUCAGCUUUUCUGGCUCCAGCACCCAGUGUUGUCUCGGCCAUUUAAAGAGAGGUAUGUUGGAUUCCAGUUUUACUUUCACCUUCAAAUUCAUACUUUGAAGCUUAAGAAAGAAAUCCACUGGGAUCUAUAAUUACAUAGAGUAACUGUUGAACAGUAUGUAACAGAAGUCUCCAGUUCUGUACUGAAAAUUAUGUAUGCAUAGAACUAGGCAUGGGGAAGACUGGUCAAGAUGUUAACAGUAGUUAUCUACACACAGCAGAAUCUCGAAGUGGGGAAAGUCAGGUUCUCCACCUCAAAACUGUACUCUUGUUGACUUCAUUACGAGCUGAGUUGUUCUGCUAGAUCGUUAUCACCAGCCUUGGAGUUUUCAACCUCCUCAGCGUGCAAUGGGAAUGAACAGCAAUUCUCGUUUCUUGUAGCAUCUACCAUCUGUCAUCCUCAUCUACUAAUGCUAGGCAGUUGGGUUAACAUGGUUUAAAAAAAAAGGAAAAUCAAGCCAGUUUUAAGAAAGGGGAAAACAAAGUGCUUUAACUGAGACUUACCUCUCCUCUAGGCCAGCAGUCAGUCUAAGCCUUCACCGAAGUCAUCUCCAUGAUCACAUCAGUCCGAGUGGCUUUAUCGGUUAGGAGUUGUUGUUUUAACAAACGGAUGCUUUAAUCCUACUUUUUUCCUUUAGUGUGAGCUUAAAUACGAGUGAAUUUUUAAGUGAACACAGAGAACAUGGUAAGUUCUCAAUGACUACUUGUUGGACUCAACAGAUUUAGUCUAAAUGACAGACUAUACUAAUUUAUAGGAUCAUGGGUUUUAUUAAGGGUACUUUUAUUCACAAUCUCUUCAAGAAAUUACCGUCAUCAUUAUUAAUAAGGAUUUAGAGAUAAGCAUUAUAGAACUACAUAAGUGGGUAUCUCAAAUGCUUAGGGAAUAUCCAGCAUCUUAACACCCUUCAAUCCACCAUACAGGAAACUCCUCCCAAAGCAUGGCUCUGCCACAUUGCUUUCCUCCAUCCAGGGCUCUCUUCCAGUACACUGCUGACGACAGCCACCGUCUUGACUUUAAAGGUGAUGCCUCUGAUACUUUGCCGUUAAGUAUGCUGUUGGGCUUUCGUUUCCCAUUCUACUAAGUCCAACCUUAAUCACAAGUUUUUUGUUUUUGUCAGGAACCGACUGUUGAAUUGUUAUCAAUUAUUGUCAACUGAUUUAGAUCGUGUGUUUUGUCCUGUUAAUAGAUCAUUCCCACCAGCGUGUAAACACACUCCCGUUAAAAAUGCUAUUUCCUCCCUCCCCCUCUUCACUUUGCAGUAAAUUCCAUUUCCCUUCUUAAUUCACGUCCACUAAAGCUGCUCCCAUGGAAGUCAGCUGGUAGCCCAACCACUUUAUCUUGCCUCUAGAGUUUUUUGGGAAAGCAGCAGCCCAUUGUGCCUCAAGGCGGGGAGCCUUUUGAAAUGCAAACCUUGAGUUGGAGCCUCAUUUUUGUAUAGACUGGGCAUUGUCUUGGUGUUGGGUGAGGCCUCCUGGAUGUGUGAGUUUUCUGAACUUUUGACAGGACUGCCUUUUUAUUUCUGUGAUAUAAGCCUCCUUACUAUGUGUCCUUAUUACUGUGUUCUGGUGAGAAUGUCCUUAUCGUGAGGAUAAGCUAUUGCCUGUCUUCAGUUACAGUGGCCACCUUCUCCUGGACGCCAUUCAUUGUUCCCAGGUGUUACUGACUCCCUUCUUUUCUAGCUUCUGAACAGUAAAUGACGUUUUUGCAAUAAGGAAUAACACACUAUGGUGGUACUUUAAGAGACUCGAUCUUAGGGCCCAAUCACUGCGCACCACCGUGAGCAGUUCAGAAGUAUUCCCGGGCAGCUGUUUCUACUUCUAGCUGUUGUUAGUGCUGCGUGUGCAGUAGAAAGAAUGCAUUGUACCUACCAUGUUUUGAAAAGCGAUACAGAUGUUUUUAUCUUUGUCUCCUAUUGGCAGGAUUUACAGUGUCCGAGGUCUGCUUGGACAUCUGAUCCCAAAUAACGGGUGUCAAAAUCCAUAACUUAAUAGCAGUAUGCUUUCUAUUAGUGAAAACAGUUACCAACAAAAAACCAAAGGAGAAAACUGGGUCUUGAAAGGGUUAACUUGCCAAAAAGCCUGGGAUCAUCCUUGCAAGUACACCCCUUCCCCAUCUCUUAGCAAGGGGCUCCUCUAACAGGCAAGCCACCAUCAUGCGGUGCCCCCUUCAGCUGAGAGCCACAGUGACUCUUUUAAAAUUAAGUCAAAUCAGGUCACCCCUCCUCUUAAGCCUUCAGUGAGAGUCCAUCUCUUUUCUCCCCUAGGUAUCGUGCAUGGCUCUCUCCCUCAUUUUUAUUGAACUGUCACCUUAUCUAAGAGGCCUUCCAUGAACACCCUAGAAAAGAGGUCCCUCCACCCCAGAUGCACUCUGUCCCUUUUAUCUGGCUUUAUAUUUUGUUCUGUGUUUGUUUAGUGAGACUGGCUUUGGAAAAUUCUAAAAUCUAGGUUAUGCCAGCCUCCUACAAAAUGGUAACUUCCCCUCUUCUGUGGUUAUUUGUUUCUGUGGGAAAGCUUAUUAUAUACAUUUUCCUUACUUUCUGUCUUUUGUGUGCUAAAUGGGAGACAAUGUAUAUAAUUCUGGGCUGUUGUGUCACAUGUGCUAUUCUGUUCUUUCUCAAACCCAGGAAGCCAAAAGGUAGUACUGGGCAUUUGUAAUAUUCUUCUUUACAGAUGAGGCACAAGAUCUGAACCCACACACUAAAGCCUCUGAUUUUAACCAUUAUCCUAAAAAUGGUUUUCACAUGAAAUAUUUUCACUGAUGAGUAAUUUAAGACCCCAUUAUUUUAGCAUGACUGCACUCACCUUAGUAAAAUGGACAGAAACAACAAUGCAGAAUUUAUUUAUACAGCUGUGCUGAGGGCAGUGAAGUGAGCUAUAAAAAUCCCAAAUCUCUGAAGGAAUCCUUCGUGUAGGGUUUUACAUAUUGAUUACUCUGGAAAGUUUCUGAACUCUGUUUAGUAGCAGAUCUCCUUUCUUGAUAGUUUCUUGGUACUGCCAGUUCUUGCUAUCAGGUCUACAAAUAAAUUUGAGAAAAAAAAUGAAUUAUUUACUAGUCACACUGCUCCACAACAACAGCUGACCUACUUUUAAAAGAAGGCAGUUAACAAGUGAGGUGCAGCAGGACAGUACCUGUUGGUUUCUACAAUCUCGUUCACUUUGUCUAUUUUGCAGUGUAGUCUCCCAGCAGCAAUGAAUCUGGAGAGUUCCCUGAUUGAGGAGGAAAAGAAGGAACACCGUUAGUUCUAGAGAGAAUUCUUAUAAACUGCACUAAAUAUAUUAAAAUAUUACUCAGUUGUCACUCCAGGUAACAGUUUACCUUCAAACUGGAGCUGUUGCGUAUGCAGUAAAAAGAUCAUCCCCAAAGACUAAGUCACCUACUGGAAUAAACAUGACCCUAGAAGUUCACACUCAGAUGGAACAUCAGUGUCGAGGAGUGAGACCCUCAUAUCAGGUCUUUAAAGCUACAGAAGUGCUCAGAGGAAAACCAAAUUUACUGGGGGAAAAAAACUGAUAUAAACUGCCCAGACGGCUUCCUCAACAGCAGGUAACUCUUGGUCUCAAGAUGCCUCAGGGCAUGAAGAAAAAAGCAAGCCAGAAUAAUAUGCCCCAGCAUAUUAGGAUCACAAAGAUGUGUUAAACUGUUGAGCACAUUAAUAUAAACAAAUAACAGAAAAACUUCAUCUUCAAUGUGAAAAAGGUACUCCUGAAUAUAUCUACUCCGCGGAAACCCUGGUGGCAUAACCAAAAGGUCGGCAGUUCGAAUCCAGCAGGGGCUCCUUGGAAACUCUAUGGGGCAGUUCUACUCUGUCCUAUAGGGUCGUUAUGAGUCGGAAUUGACUUGAUGGCAGUGGGUUUAAUGGUUUGGUUUAAUAUCUACUCAUAACCCAAAAUUCAGAAUUGAUAUGGCUACUUAAGUAACACUAAAAUUACAAAUAUACCUCAAAAAUAAGUAAUAGUGGUGAAACUAGCCAUCAAAGACAGCAAUUAAACAAGAAAAAGAGAUGCUAUCCAAAUCAGGAAAGAGGUAAAACUAUCCCUUUUCCAAAGGAUGACAUGACCCUAUGUAGACCCCAAAGAACCCACAGGACAGCUACUAGAGCUAAUAUAAACGAAUUCAGCCAAGUGCAGGAUGCAAGUCAACGGCAAGAAUAGUUUUUUAUAUGUCGGCGGUGAGCAAUAUGAAAGGGAACGAUUCCACUUACAACAGCAUCUAAAAGAGUAAAAUACCUAGAAAUAAGUAUCUAAAAGAAUAAAAUACCUAGAAAGAGACUUGUACAUUGAAAGCUAUAAAACAGUACUGAAAGGACAUUCCAUGCUCAUGGAUCCGAAAACCUAAUACUGUUAAGAUGUCAAUAAUACCUUAAGCAACCUAUAAAUUCAAACAAUUCCUAUCAAAAUUCCAACAGCCUUCUUUGUGGAAAUGGAAAAGCCAGUCCUCCAGUUUAUAUGAACAGCAAGGGACCCCAAACAGCCAAAGCAGUAUUGAAAAAGAAAACAAUGCAGGACUCACGUGUCUCGAUCUCAAACCAUAUUAUAAAGCUACAAUAAUCAAAACACUCUGGUACUGGUAUGACUGACACAAACUAAUGGAAUAAAAUUGAGAGUCCAGAAAUAAAUCCAUUCAUCUAAAGUCAACUGAUUUCUGACAAGGGCACUAAGUCUAUCCACUGGGGAAAGAACAGUCUAAUAAAUGGUGCUGGGACAGCUGGGUUUCCACAACAAUGAAUGAACCUGGACCCUGCCUCCUACCAUAAACUAACUCAAAAUGGAUCAAAGACCUAAAUGGAAGAAUUAAAACCCUAAGGGUAUUCAGGAACUAGUUUUUAAAAACAGGUUCUUAAAUAUGGCACCAAAAGCGUGAGCAACAAAAGACAAAGCAGAUAAAAUUGUAUUUCAUCAAAAUUAAAGACUUUUGUUCACUGAUGGACUUUAUCAACAAAAUGAACAAACAGCUAACCUACAGACCGGGAGAAAAUAUUUGGGAACCAUGUAUCUGAUGAGGGUUUAAUGUUCAGAUCUCCAGAAUAUAUCAAAAACUCCUACAACUACUUAACCAACAAAAAGACAACCUAAUCAAAAAAUGGGCAAGGGACUUGAAUAGGCAUUUCACCAAGUAAGUUCAAAUGGCCAACAAACACAUGAAAAGACAUUCAGCGUCAUUAGGGAGAAAUGCAAAUUGAAACCACAGCGAGAUACCACUUCAUACCCACUAAGAUGCUGGUGAGGACAUGGGGAAAUCAGAGUCCUCAUCCAUUGUUGGUGGAACUGUAAAAUGGUACAGCCGCUGUGGAAAACAAUCUGGCAGGUCCUCAAAAAGUUCAACAUUGCCUACACGUAUUGAACGCGGGAAGACAACGAUGUUUUUACACCAGUGUUCACUGCAGCACUAUUCACAACGGCCAAAAGGUGAAAACAGCCUAAAUGUCCAUCAGCAGAUGAACGGAUAAACAAAAUGUGGUACAUACAUGCAAUGGAAUAUUACCCAGCCAUCGAGAUGAAGUCCUGAUACACACUACAACACUGGAUGAACCGUGAAAACCUUAGGUUGAGUGAAAUAGAUCAGUCAUAAAAGAACAUUGUAUGACCCCACUUACAUGAAAUACCUAGAAUAGGUAAGGAGGUGUAUUGAGCCCAAAGUUCCUUAGUGGUAACCAGGGGCAGGCUUCAGGAGAGAGGGGGAAAAGAAGGUCUCCUUGGUUAGGGGACACUCAGGUUCUGUUGAGGAGGAUGGCUGAACACAAUGAUGUAUGUAAUUCAUGUCACUGAAUUGUACAUGUAAAGAUGUUGAAAUGGCAAAUGUUUUGUUAUAUGUUUACCACAAUUUUUAAAAAGCACCGAAUGUUUUUAAUAAUGGAGUGUACAAUCUUUGAAAAUCUGGUUGAGCAUGAAAAAAGAAAAUGUUAUGCUAUUGAAGGUUUUAAGCUAUAGGUUACCCUAAACUAGCAACAACUUUAACAUGUAGCCCGCUUUCUUUGUCUCCUCUCAAUGCAUUUAACCCAGCUGCUACAGUGCCCGUUCCUUCUCUGCUAACAGCUGAGCGGCCCCUAAGUACAGUCGGAAGGGUCGGCACUGCUGCCGAGCUCACGUCUGCUCACGGCCCAGGGACCUGACAACUGAGCGGCCCCUAAGUACAGCCGGAAGGGUCGGCACUGCUGCCGAGCUCACGUCUGCUCACGGCCCAGGGACCUAACAGCUGCGCCACCACACCUGGCUGCUGACCCCAUUUGCAGCUCUUGUUCUGGGACUGAAGGACACAACCAGAUUUAACCAUCAGUCGUCUUAGUCCUUCCCAAACCUACAGAAGGGGGAAGAAAACCUCGUGAGGAGAGUCCAGGAACAAGGCCACACAGCUACAGGACAGAAAUGCACUGGGCCUAACUUAAAAGCCGCCUCUGACUCAAGAACGCCCCCUGCUCCGUGGCGAUGAUUCAGCUGCUGCUUCCCGCUCCCACAGUCGCCAGACUAGCUCAGGUUCUCAUUGACCCCUGCCUAGACUAUUAGAAGGAAACCCGGAUCGUGUAAUGGUUAAGACCUAUGGCUACUAACCAAAAGAUCGGCAGUUCAAAUCCAUCAGGUUCUCCUUGGAAACCCUAUGGGGCCAUUCUACCCUGUCCCGUAGGGUCGCUAUGAGUCACAAUCGACAGCAACAGGUUUUGUUGUUAGACUAUUAGAAAAGACUUGAAACAAGGUUCAAACUCCUUAGUCUGGCCUUAUAACAUGCUCUAGGUCCAAGCUGAUAUCUUAACACUACACACUCCAGCCAGGUCAGCUAGACUACAAACUCGCUCCUACAUUAUCUCUGUUUUUUCUAUCUGGAAAGCCCUUUCCCAACACUUAAAUACUCUGAUUCACAAUUAGUUCAAUCUGUGCUGUGUGCCAAGAAGAAUCUAUGUUCUGACUAGCCCCAUUCCCAGCUUCGGAUCCAGGCGACUUUUCUGUCAUCUCCCUAUGUGUGCCAAUCAAGCCGGACAAAUCAAACAUCCCGCAAUUACUCAGCUCCCCCAUCCCUAGUAUUUAUUUCUCUAAGCCCUCAGCACAGUGCCUCAUACACAGAUUUGGUUCUUAUGAACGAACGCAUCAAGUCUUAAACAAAAAAAACCUACAAAUAAAAUUGUGGAACACAGCCCAUGGUAUGGUUUCUACCCUUAAAACAUGUCAAAAGCUUACAAAAACAAGUCAACCGUUUACACAACUAAUGGCCCCUUCCCCUUCUCCAGUGGUAUCUUACAGGCUGUAAGAAAGGGAGAAGAGUAAUGAGGUAGACUUAGUUCAAACUUACUGUACCUCAGUCUAUUCUAAAACAGGAAUUUCACAAGAAGAAAAAAGACUCCAUGGAAACCCAGACUUGAGGCAGAUAUCACAAAUUUAAAACAAGGUCCUUCUGGGUAACAGCAACCAGAGCUCAACGGUGUGUCCUCCGCCUCCAGGGCUGGUCUCAGACCAGGAACAAAUAACCAAACAAUUCAAAUGCUAUACUACCUUGCCUUGAAUUUCCGUGUCCUCAGGAUGAGUCAGAGAACACUGCCGUGUGUCUAAAUGGCCCUUCUCUGCUUCAGUGCAUCUUCUCAUCACAAUGUCAUUUGAGGCUCACGUUGCUCCCCAACAGCAAAGGCUCUGUCAGCUCCAUGUGACAGCUACGAAACUGAUGAAGGGACAGAACCUGACCAAGGACACAGCUGCUUAGUGGCGAGCUGAACAAGACCCAGGCCAACUCCUGUUUCCCAGGCUCUGCUCCCCACAGUAAACACCCACCGCUGACUGUGGAAAGCACGUUCCUAAUGCCUGACCCUCCAUCCCAGUGAGCAGCCUCUUGGGCAGAGGUCGCCAACCUGGAUUUCACAGACAGGAAGUUAAACAAAACCAACCUAUACAUGCCUGUUUACGUAAGGAUAUGUAAUUUAAAAAACAAAAAAAUAUAACUAUCACUGCCUUUUUUCUUUCAAAGGUAUCACUGCCUUUUUUCUUUCAAAGGAAGAGAACGAGGGAAUUCAUCAUCAUGGAAAUGCUCCAUAGCUUGGCAGGCAUUUGGGUUACACUUACGAUGUAUGCAUUUCACUGAAGGUAAGUUUUACCUCACAAACCAACCAACCCAUAAACAAAUACUGGUACGUGUGCUGAAGUGUUUAGGCUCUGAAACUUACUUUGAAGUGUGUUUAAAAAAUAAGAUGGAUAGAUACGUGAUACAGCAAAUAUAACCAAAUGUUAACUACGGAAUAAAAGAUUAAUGAAUAAAAGAUACAUUGAGAGUUUAUGAUAUAAUUAUUUCUGCAUGUUUGAAACUUUUCACGAUAAAAUGGAGAAAACAAAACCACUAAAAAGAGGAGGGCCUUACUUCAAUGAAAUGCAACUUUAUUUAAAAUUACUUUUUUCAUUGUGGACCACUCAAAACUAUGUUUAAAAAACCUAUGUUUGGAGACCACUGAUCCAGACACCACAUAAAACCAACCAACAAAACCCGCUGCCGUCGAGCUGACUGCGGCUCAGACAUCACCCACCCCCGUGUGUCUACUCCUCCUAACCCUACCCCAUCGCCCCAGUCAAGGCACCGUGACACCUCCAUGAGCUAGUGAACAGCCCCUCGCUGUGUGAACACAGCCAGAGACCAUGCUGACAGUCCUCCAAUGCCUUCCCGCUACAUUAAGUUCAAACCCAAGCUGUGUACCAGCGGCCACAAGCCCUCAGAACAUACCCCUGCCUAAGUAAGUAUCCAGCCUCAACACUCGCUGUCCCUGCGACGCCCAAGCUUUUCUUGCCUCAGAGCUUCCACACGUUGUCCCUUCUGUCUCCAGAGCACGCCGCAGGGCUGACUUUCUCUCAAUCCGGAUCUCAAACUCUCCUCCUCAGACCUGCCACAUCUAAGCUGGGGUCCCCAUGGCACAUUAUCUCCACAAACUUAUUUCUAUCUGGAAAUAACUUCUACACUGUUUUGCUUAGUUGUCCUCUCUCUCCUACACAAUAGAGGUCCAUGAAGACAGGGACCUAAAACAAGGUCAUAUAUACACUAAGGGCUCAGUAAGUAUUUGUUGACUUGCUAGAAGUCCCACAUUUUGACAACCAAUUUGACUAGACAAGCAGCAGCAACCUAAAAACCUGGAGGAGUUAUCAGAGGAAAUAUGAUCUAAUGUGAAACCUAAGGUCAGUGACGCAGCCGCAAUGUGGUCCACUAAGAAAUAACAACAGACAAAAAUCCUUAGUUGUUGUCCCCCCCGCCACCCUUAAAACUGAGGGAGCCAACGCAAAGCAGAGAGAAAAUAUGCAAGUUCACAGAUUACUUAAAAGACAACUUUAAAAAAUCACUUAAAUUAACCUAGUAUUACUUAAACUUACUGAUCGAUGAACUCCACGCCAACACCAAAGGCUUCUGCCAUAUAGCCAAGGGUUAGUGACCUGUACGAUUCCAGGAGCUGGCUGUAGGCAUGAAUUCGCAUUUCUCUCACAUAGUAUCGAUAAUGCGGAGCGAACAGCCAGUCCUUCUUCAUUUCUUGUUCCACAACAGCUACAAUGAAAAAACCGGCAAAUGAUUAAGACUCUCCCUUUCAGGUUAAGAGAUUAAAUUUACUAAAGCAAGUCUAGAUGGGUCCGACAGACAGAGUCAAACAAGUCAAGAAUUUCUCACUGCCCUUCCGUGUCAUCCCCUUAAUAAGGGAGCCAGCAGCAGGGUCUGUAGAGGAGAGCCAGCCGUGCUAACAUCCCACUUAGGCAGCAUCCAUCCAACAAAGCCCAGCUUCUAAAGGACUUUGUUUACGGAUGACGACAAUGUUUCGGUACUAAUAUUUUAAUCCUGGACAUCUUCUUAUACCCUUGAGGAAAAUUCAUCUUAUUCUAUAUUUAUUUACAAACAAUUCUAACAGAUUAACAGCAGAUACUGUGACAUAUGGAAGACUUACACAGAGCUGUAAUUCAGACAUUUCAAAAAGUAAUAAAAUUUAGAAGCAAUAAAAGAAAAGACUGAUCAAUUCUACUGUCAGAAAUUUAAAUAUUCUAAAUAACAAAACACUGUAAGGCCUGAAGACAAAUUAUGAAGUGGAGUAUGUAUUUGUAACAUAAGAAUUAAUAACACUGAAAAGAGACUUGCACACCAAUGUUUAUGGCAGCGCUAUUCACUGUAGCCAAAAGGUCAAAACAGCCUAAAUGCCUGUCAGCAGACAAAUGGAUAAACAAAAUAUGGUACGUACAUACAAUGAAACACUACUCAGCCAAUAGGAGAAAUGAAGUCUUGAUACAUGCUACAAUAUGGAUGGAGUUGGAAGACGUUAUACUGAGCAAAAUAAGCCAAUCACAAAAGGACAACUAUUGUAUGACCUCACUUAUGUACAGAGACAGAAGUUUUUUUUUUUUAACAGUUACCAGGGCGGGAGAGGGGGGCGAGGGAGGAUUAAGUGGUGGAAAAAUUGCAUUGAUUAAGGGUAGGGUUGCACCGCCAACCAUUGAAAUCGCUACCAAUAAGCUGUACUCCUGUAAAAAGUUGAGAUAUAUUUAUUACGACAGAAAGAAAAAAAAAAAAGAGUACUUGCUGAGACUGCUUAUGUACAACCAACAGUUCACAGGAUCUGGUUUCUUGGUUUGGAGGUUUAGGGUCAUGGUUUUAUGGGACAUCCCAGUUAACUGGCCUAAUGAAGUGUUUAGUGAGUCUGUUCUACCUCAUAGUUUAUUGUGUAAUGCCUGGGGUCUUAAAAGCUUGGGAGUGGGCUAUCCACGUUGCAACAAUUGGUCUCUAUUCUUCUGGACCAACAGAGGAAGGAGUCAGGAAUAGGAGGAAGUGAAAUAUGUGGCAAACUGCCUCCAUGAACAACUGCCUCCUCCGCCACGAGACCAGAAGAACUGGAUGGUGCCCGGCUACCAUUACUGAACAUUUUGAUCAAAGAUUCCACAGAAGAAUCCUGAUCAAAAGGAGAGAAAUGCAGAGCAAAAUUUCAAAUUCUCACAGACUCGACUUUCUAGAGCCAUGAAAGGUAGCUGAACCCCUGAAACUACUGCCCUGAUACAAUCUUUAAACCUUAAACUAAAAAUAUCCCCUGAAGUCAUCUUAAAAUGGAACAAUAGUUUAGCGUAACUAGUAAAAAAGGCCUGACUCGAACAUUAUACUCUUUUAAGAAGUAUCUCUAUGAGAUCAAAGUGACAUCAACUGGAAAAAUUAGAUAGGAACGCUGGGGGCACUGAGUCUAUGUUAAUGAGGGAGGGACAACUCAGAAAAGGAGGGUGAGAAUGAUCACCCAAGUCAAAGAAUGUAAACAACGUCACUGAACCGUACAUGUAGAAACUGCUGAAUUGGUGUAUGUUUUGUUGUGUAUAUUCUCAAGAACAAAAUAAAUUUUAAAAAGUUAAUAGCACUGCUCUAUGGAAUGCUCAUGAAUCAGUAAGACGAGAUGAAUACAGCCAUAAAAUGUACACAGGAUAUUAAUCAGCAAUUCACACAAGUACAAAGUACUUCCCUGAAUAACUACUGAAGGUCACUGCUCUAGACGGUGAGGAUGUGGCAGUAAAAAAAAUCCUAAGAUCCUUGCUGCCACAGAAACUAAAUUUUCAAAGAGCAGAAAUAGAUGAACAAAUAAAACAAGAAAAUGUCAUGGAAUGACAAGUUCUAUGGAGACAAUAAAACCGUGAUGUGCUAGAGUGAUGAGGAGGUCCUCCACUGGAUGCGGUGCAUGGGAAGACCCCUCUGAGGAGCCAGCCGCGCGGACAGCAGGGGUACAGAGCAGUGCACGUGGUGGAGGAGAACACGGUUAAGCAGAGCAAGAGAGGACAGAAUCAUCCAUAGGUUUUUGGCUCAAACAAGAUGGAAAUCCCUGGAGAAGGAGCGUAAGUUUUUUGUUUUUUGGGUUUGGAGCUUUCUUUCUGGAGGGAGGGGAGGCCAAUAUUCAAGAACUAAGCUUUGGCAGUGUUCAAGUGGAUUCACCUAUCAAACACCCAAGUGAAGACAUCAAGGAGCCAUUUAGGCAGGUUUGGUGCUCCCUGACAAGUUUGAGACUGGAGACAUGAAUUUGGGGAUCAGGCCGCUCAGAUAUAUGAGAUGAGAAAAUGAAGACCCAGCCUGCAGUGGUCAGCCAUGAAGAGGUCUGACAAAGGAUGAGGAGGAGGUCCACAGAAAACAAGAGCGUGCCACUGUGCAGCCAAAAGAACAAAGUUGUGGCAAGCAGCACAGGAUGGUCAACGUGAAAGCAGCUAAGGUGAGUACGGAGACACAUGAUUCACCAACAUGGAGAUCAAUGUCCAGUGAACAUCAGAUGAUGCUCAUUCUCACUGAUGAUUCAAAAUCAUAGCACACCCAAUAGCCUGAAAUACUAGUAAGUCCUUAAAAAGGUAACUAGGAACUCCAAGGAAGUCUACUGGUUCAAUUUACCCCACUACAUACUAAUUGUCCAGCACACGGCAGCCACUUAGAAACACUUACUGCCUUGUGAUGACAUGAGAAGAUGUUCACAUUCCGUUGUGAAGACAAAAAACUACUGAGGAAACCGCGUGAAACCAUCCACAGGCCUAUGUUUACAGGCAUCACAUGCUUGAAUCCCUGGAUACAAAUGCCCUGAAAGACACACCUGAAACGUAACCACAGCUGCCCCUAGAAGAGGACACUGGCAAUCAGGGAUUAAAAGGAAGCCCUUUUCUUCUUUUUAAUCAUAUUCACUUUGUACUGUUUUAAUUUUUCCAGGGGCACAGGUAACCUUGGUGUGUGUGUGUGUUGGUUUGGUUUAAGGUGCCUGGAGAAGGAUGUAAACCCUUGUGGUGCAGCGGUUAAGUGCUACAGCUCCUAACCAAAACGUCGGCAGUUCUAAUCCAGCACGCACUCCUUGGAAACCCUAUGGGGCAGUUCUACUCUGUGCAACAUGGUCACUAUGAGUCAGAAUCGACUCAACAGCAGUGGGUUUGGUUUUUGGUUGGCUGGAGAAGGACAUCAUGUUUGGUAGAGGGUCAGCAAAAAAGAGGAAGACCCUCAGUGAGAUGGAUUGACACAGUGGCAGCAACAGUGGGCUCAAGCAUUAACGACUGUGAGAAUAGCACAAAACCAGGCAGUUUCCUUCUGUUCUACAUAGGGCGCUAUGAGUCAGAACCGACUAGAGGGCACCUAACAACUAACGACACAAAAUGAAUGGAGUCCUGGUGGUGCAGUGGUGACGAACUCGGCUACUAACCAAAAAGGUCAGCAAUUUGAAUCCACCAGCUGCUCCUUGAAAACCCUAUGGGGCAGUUCUACUCUGUCCUACAGGGUCGCUUAUGAGUUGGAAUCUACUUGACGGCAACUUUUUUUUUUUUUUAAUAAAAUGAACAAAAAGUUUGGAAGGAUAUAUCCCAAAAUCUUGACUUCAUUACCUCUGAAAUAACUGUGUGCAUGUGUAUGUGUAUGUGUGGGUUUCCUUUUCUUGGCGGGCCGGGGGGGUUGGUAUGAUACAGUGCUUUUCACUUUCUCAACACUGAACUUUUAAAAAACAUUCAGAUAUCACCUAAAAAAGUAUAUUUCUUUUUCAAUUAAAACGUUUUAAAGCACGUUAGCCUAUAAACAUUUGGAGAAGCAAGUCCUACAAAACCCAAUAAGCCCUACACGUCUCACUAUACUAUCACAGAAAAUAAUACAAACAAUCAUGACCCGAAGUCAUCAAAAGAUGAACUAUUCUGCCGUCUACAUUUGGGAAAGAUGAAAAGUUUCAUUCAAAAGUGCUAAAACAAAAGGUUGUUAGUGAGGAUGGGGAAGGUGGGAGGUUAAUCCUUUAACCAUUCAAAGCUUUCCAAAAGCCGUCAAUUUCAUUACACUAAGAUGACAUUUCCCCCUUAAAUUGUUGAUUUAAUUAAACACAACAGGCAUUUACACAGAGAACUCAAUAGUGUAUCAGGCACUAUGAAGAUAAAGGAAGCAUACGGUCUGCCCCAGAAAACUAAGGGACCUAAUCUUUUGUAAAAACAGAAUAACAUAACAACAAAUGCACGAAUAGAAGACAAAACUGAUAAAUGAAACCUUGUAAAUAUUAAAAACUUACGCUCAUCAAAAGAGUAAAAAGAGAACCUACAGACUGGGAAAAAAAUCUCUGGAAACAUAUCACACAAGGCUCCAAUGUGCAGAAUUUACAGAAACCUUCAACUCAACAACAAAAAACAACCCAAUUAUAAAACGGGCAAAGGAUAGAAGCAGACAUUUCACCACAGAGGACAUCUAAACAGCCAACAAACUCCUGAAAAGAAGCUCACGAUCAGUAGCCAUCAGAGAGAUGCAAAUCGAAACUACAGUGAGAUACCAUCUCAGUCCCACUAAAAAGGCACUGAUUAAAAAAACAUUAAACAACAAAUGUUGGCGAGGAAGUGCAGAGACUGGAGCCCUUAUCCAUUGCUGGUGGGACUGUAACACAGUACAACCACUGUGGAAAACGGUAUAGUGCUUUUUCAGAAAACUAGAAAUAGAACUACCCUACCAUCCGGCGCCCCCACUCCUGUGAUCCAGCAAUCCCAGUCCUGAGGAUACACCCUAGAGACCUGAAAGUAGUGAAAUGAACAGAUACAUACACUCCUAUGUUCACUGCAGCUUUAUUCAAAAUAGCAAAAAAAAAAAAAACGGGAACAACCAAAGUGCCCACCAGUGGAUGAAUAGAUAAACAAAAUGUGGUACAUGCAUACAAUGGGACACUAUGCAACGAUAAAGAACAAUGAUGCGUCCACAAAACACAUUAAAACAUAAAUCAAGCAUUUAAGGACACUGGGACACUGUAUGAUCCAUCUUUUAUGAGAAUACAAGCAUAGACACAUAUAAAGAGACCAAAGCUCAAUGGUGGUUAUCACGGUUAUCAUGAGGAGGAGAGGGCAAGGGGAAAGCAUACUUUAGAUCAUAAAUACUUGUUAUUUUUGGUGAUGGGAAAAGUGGCACUGAACAUGGGAGCACAUCAUGCCCAAAGUAAAUGAUGCUGCUGAGAAGUGCUCGUAAAAAAAGGAUGCCUGUACCUGAGAACCUGACGUAUAUAAAAGGGCAACAAAUCCACAAAGACACAAAAAGAGAGUAAAAUCACGUAAGGAUGCGUGUCAUGUACAUAAACGGGUAGGUGCCGGUGUAUACGUACGUGAGGACAGAAGUAUCUACGCAUACCUGUAAAUACAGAUCUGUGUUGUCAGACACAUACAUUCAUUGAAGGCACAACUACAGGUAUUCCUCAGAUGUAACCAAAUACCCUCCGAGGUCAGUUUUCUGGGUUUGAAGGCUUAGGACCACGGUCUCAGGACAAGUCAGCUGGCGUGACACAGCUCACAAAGUUCACAUGAUCUGCACAAGCAGAAUCACUAUAAUCUGGCUUUGGAGGAACACCACAAGUAUUUUCAACAGACUACUUUCUCAGCCCACAGCCCUUAAAAACAAUUUGCAAAUCAGCAACAAAUAUUUGGCUAUUGUAUAAAUAACCCACUGUUGAAUUCAAGAGUCAGUUAAUCUCCAACUAACAGGAGAUUGAGAAUUCGUCCACCUCUUUCCCCAUAAAAACUCAAUGCUUAGAACCAUGUGCUCCCUUCUGCCUCACACACUUCAAUGCCUAAACCAGGGCCUGGCAAACUUGUCAGCAAAGGGCCAAAGAUGAAAUAUUUUCAGGCUUUGCGAGCCUCAAAGAUAGGUAUCUGUGUUGCAUGUUCUUCUGUGUUUUGUUUUUGUUUUUAAUUUAACAACUCUUUAAAAGUAUAAGGAGCCCUGGCAGCACAGUGGUUAAGAGCUACAGUGAGCUAUCGCUGCUACCCAAAAGGUUGGCAGUUCAAAUGCACUAGCCACUCCCUGGAAAUCCUAUGGGGUAGUCCUAAAAGGUCACUAUGAGUCAGGUUUGAGGGCAACGGGUUUGGUUUUUUUUAAAAAUAAAAAAACAAUUCUCACCUCCUAAGCCAUAAGAAAGCACACUCAGUUUGCUGACCACCCUUUAAACAAAAAAGAGCAAAACGCUUAGCCAUAGUAAUCAAAGGCCUGUGGCUGUUUGCACAUUUUUUCAGCUUUAUGAAAAAUCAUCUUAGGCCAUCAGCAUACAGAGCUAUUCAAGAGCUAAGAUGAAGACAGAUGAUGGCAAUGAGCUGCUGUAUCCUUACCUAAGGACUGGAAGAAAACGGAGUAGCGACAUUCAUAGAGCGAAAACAGGUACUGCCGGACUGCUGGAAGGCUAUGUAACACUUCAAGAAUCUCUGCUCCUUUAAUAACCUAGAAAAUAAAAUAAAUAAAAAAUCUUAAGCUUUAAUGAUUGCUGUGUAUUUAAGUUUAGCAAAGCACAGGGUAUCUUUAAACAUGAAUGUUAAAGGUUCAGUCGUCACCUUUUCCCUGAGAUCUGGUCUUUCCAGGGCAAUCAUGCUGACAUAGACAGUGUAAGUCACAAAGGUCUUAUAAUCCAUAAGUUCAUAGGAUGUAAACGUUGAAACAGUGUCAAGAAAGAGUUCAGCUGCCUGUUUGAAGUCACGGACAGCCACACAAUAAAGACCCUGAUAUACUUUUAGGCGGUUUCUCCUGUCCCAAUCUCCUCCUUCCUCUAUUAAGCUGUAAAAUCAGAAACGGUAAGGUCAUAACCUGGAAAUGGAUAGCAUUAUUUUUUUUAAGUUUUGUGUUAUUUUCAAAAAGUCAACAACUUGUGAUGACUUGCAUCAAAAGGGAAUAUUUUACUAAAUAUUUCAAUAUUUUUAAAAAAGAUUCUGCUAAAUAUAUACAUUAUUUAUUUAACCAAAUUUAUCAGCUGUAAACAAAAUAGGUAGAUUUCUUAUCAGUCUCUUAUUUAUAGCAUCAUAACUCAGAACAUAUCCUCAUUAAAUAAAUACCUUUUAGCCUUUUCUGUGUUUCGUGUGAUGAGGUCAUUGUCCAUGUAAAAUAAGCCAAUCCUGAGGAGAUAGAACACGAUAUCCAGUCGGUGACCCAGGGCCACAGUUUUGUCAUACGUCUUGCGAAAGGCUGUCAGAGCUCCUUCCUACAAGGGAACCAAGGAACCAGGUGAGAAAAGACGAAAAGAUUCAAAGCCUACCCACUGUCCGCAAUUUUUUUCCAGAAGUGAUGAGGAAAUGGAUGGGAGCAGAGAUGAAACACGGUAGCCAUGAGGAGAUUAGAUGCUCAAGUACCCAGAGGCUCAUUAGACUACUCUCUCCACUUGUGUGAAGUACAGAAAGUACAUCAGUAUUUACAUGCUCGACUGCGCUCUGAUAGUGACUUAGGACAAAAUCCAGUAUUUAAAUAUACAAUUCUACCUCAAGGCACUGUGGAAUAAAAUAAUUCUCUUGUUUAAUUAAACACACAGCAUGAGUAAAAUCCCUUGUUUAUACCGGGUAUUUUUUAGCAUGUGUCUGCCUUUAUAUUACGUAAUUACCAGUUAUGUCUCACAGGUUUAUCAAAGGCAGUAGCGAGACGGCAACAAGCACACCUAGCACUCAGGUCCUGAUUUCUAAACACCAUCUCCCACUUAAAAGGAACCAGGGCUCCUGGGAGAAAUGCAUGAUUCCAGGUUUGGGGAGAAAAAUAGCAGAUAAGCCUGCAACAUCUCAUUGUACAGAUAAUGAGGAAAACUACUGAGAUCAUGUCAAAUGGGUGAAGGAACUGUCCUGAAGGACCUUCCACUAACAAAGUGCAGCAAACUGAGCACCAUAAAGGCGCUUUUAUUGAAUAAUAAAAUUCCAUUAAGCUCACUAAGUAUUUAGUAAUACUAAAUAAAAUAUAAAAAAUAAAAGAGUAAGUAGGAGAAAAAAAGAAUGUUCUUCUUUCUAGAAGAAUGCACUCAAUAAACACGGUGGGAAUACAGUAUAAGAACAAAAAUUCUUCAAGGCCUCAAUCUAAAGCUACAGGCUUCUCAUUCACUUGUAAAUUACAAGUGCUGCUUGAACUAUAAAUUACAAGUGCUGCUGGUUCUCAAGAUUUAUUACAUAUAAGAAUCACCUGGGGAUCUUGUUAAACUGUAGAUUCUGAUUCUGUAUAUCUGGGGUGGUAAUGUAAACUCUCAGCAGUUCGAAGCCCUGCUUGGAAUAUACUAACGUACCAUUGUCAAAACCAAACCACACACACACAAAAACAAAACUAGAAGUAAGCACAAAACUUCUAGCUAUUUUUAAAACUUCUGUAUUUUCCAAAUUUAUACAAUGACCAAGUCUUAAAUUUAGAGUCAGAGGGAAAAAAAACACAGCUUGUUUUAAAUUUAAAUAAUAAUUGUUCCCAUCAUUUAACAUGCAAACAUUUACUACGUGCCAGGUACUAGUCUAAGCUCUUUGCCCCAAUCUUUAAUCCUCAUUAAGUAGGAACUGUCACCCCAAUUUUACAGAUUUGGAAACUGAGACAGAGGUUCAGUAAAUGGUAAUUACUGAAAAUGGAAUUAGAACCUAGGCAAUCUGACCCAAGAGCCCACACUAUUUUACAGUUUAUAUUAACAUCAUGACUUUCUGUGUUUAAAUACUUCAGGGUACACUGCUAAAUUAAGCAUAUUCAAAGCCUACCCUUUUAACUGUCAUACAGCUACUAAAACAUUAAGAUCAAAUGCUGGGAGGCAUCCCUUUCAUGUCACACUGGGACAGUAUAAAUUGGGCUGGGGAACAAUUUGGCCAAAUUAAAACAAAAACAGUUCAUUUCACUUCAAAAACAACAUUAUCUAAGCCCCAGCAAUUUCACUUUUUAGAAUGUACCCUAGAGAAACACUAGCAUACAUACAUACAUACAGAAAAAUGUUUCUACAGCUGCAGUUUGUAAUAGUAAAAAAAAAAAAACAAACCCUGAAAACAACAUAUAUGUCUAGCAAUAGCUACUACACGGCUCAGUAAACAAUGGCACAGCCCUACGAUGGAAUACCAGGCAGCAGGUAACUAGAAAGAACAACGUUUAGAGGCACUAACGUGGAAUGAGCGCUCAGACACAAUGCUGAAUACACCAGGAUCCCAUUUGUUCAAAAAAAAAAACCAAAAAACCUCCCUAUUUUCUACAAG